CCAAAUCUAACAUCGAUUCAUCUUCGUUUCUCAGCAACUGAUCAGUACAGUACGACUGUUUGAGUUUCCUGCUGAUUUUUAAUAAUUAUCAUCGGAUUUUUCCUUUGGUUGCCGGAUCUCUGUUUCCUAGAUUUCUCGUUUUAACUGGUGGAGUUGCAGGAGUAUUCUAGGCUCUGCAAGAUUUGAAGCAAAAUCCGUUGCUCCCGAUGGCAACCGAGGACCAAAUUGAAGGCACGGAAUCACCUAAUGCUCUUAAAUCCGGCUUAUGCUGUUCCAUUGGCAGCCAACAAUCUGAGUCAUUCUCCCUAUUGCAGGAGUUAUACGCAUUUAAGCAUGACCAAACACCCAAGGUCCGGAAGCCCUACACUAUAACUAAGCAAAGGGAAAAAUGGACUGAGGAAGAGCAUCAGAAGUUUCUUGAAGCUUUAAGGCUGUAUGGUCGUGGCUGGCGCCAAAUAGAAGAGCAUGUAGGCACAAAAACGGCUGUUCAAAUUCGAAGUCAUGCUCAAAAGUUUUUCUCUAAGGUUGCUCGAGAAUCAAAAGGUGGCUUUGAGAGUUCCACUAAAUCAAUUGAGAUACCGCCGCCUCGUCCAAAAAGAAAGCCAAUGCAUCCGUAUCCCCGCAAAUCUGUUGUUCCACUCAAAGGAAUAUCUCCAUCAUCUCAACCAGAGUGGUCUCUAUCCCCCAAUCACUUGGUUCCAGAACAGGAUAACAAGUCACCCUCAUCAGUUUUGUCUGCAUUUGUUUUCGAUGCAAUGGGGUCUUCUGCCUCGGAGCAACCAAAUAGAUGUUCUUCCCCAAUUUCUUGUACCACUGCUAAUAUACAGUCCCUCGAUGCAUCUCCUGUUGAAAAAGAAAAUGACUAUGUGACAUCUACAGAGAAAGAUAAUGAAUCUCUGGCCUCUGUUAAAGUAUCAGGACAUUCAACUGAGGAGGUCGUUUUAUCUUUGAAAUCCAAUGAAAAUUCUGAGGAACCUGUCUGUGCCAAAGGAAAUGCAGCAGCAGUAGAUUUGCCUUUCACUAGUAUUAAGCUUCUUGGGAUAACAGUUGAGGUGAAAGAUUCUGGUAAACCUUCCACAUCUAAUAACGGUGUAGAGGGUACUGAUGUGGUCGGUGAGAGACUUGUUCAGGCAUUACCAUCAUGUUUGGACUUGCAUUUAUCACACGGGCCAGUCAUCGACGAUUGGGGCAGGGUACCUUCCAAAUCAAGUUUAUCCCCUUGUAUUGAAAUCCACUCAGAUAAAAAUGACCGUGUAGAAUACACCAGUAAUGCUCCUGUGCCGUGGUGGGCUCUUUACCAAGGUCUACCCAUUCAUUACAUCACUUCAUUGAAUCAAACACGUAAAGACUAUUGUUCCAAAGAAGGGGCGAAAGAGAAGGAAACUCUGAAUGAAAGAUCUUCCACAGGUUCAAAUACCGACUCAGCUAGGGAAACUGGAGAUAGGGAGAAGAAUUCAGAUUCUGUUGAUUUUCAUUGCCAAAAGUCUCCUGAGGUUAAAUUGACUCCCCAGAAAUGUAGUAAGGGGUUUGUGCCAUACAAAAGAUGUUAGCAGAAAGAGAUAUGCCAGUGUCCGAAGGACGGGACAGAGCGCAAAAAGGCCGAGUUUGCUCAUAGUUGCCAACCCCUUUGUGCACAUAAUGCAAUCUUAAGUCAAUUUAGUUAGUAAGAGGAUGAAAAAUAAUCACUUCAAGUGCUGAUUUAGAUAAAUCAUAGGUAGUUUUGUCCUGUUUGUAGCAUAUGAUUCUAUGUAUCAACUACCUUCAGAUGGCUUGGGUUGGUAGGUCGACGCUCAAGAAGCAGACUGGAUUAAUGGCAGUUAUAACAUCUGUGGUCCAAUGUGUUCAUAGCUCCAGAGUUGGCAUGGCCUUAGCAUUAUGGGGGGUUCAUUUGUGUUAAGAGUUGGUGUAUACCCUAGAUGUUUCAUGUCAAGCAUCAAGUUGAAGAUAUGUAUGUACAUAUAUGUAUGAGUUGGAUGCUAACAUUUUUUGCUGCAAUGUUUGCUAUCUUAAUUUCCCCCUUGUUCGACUGAACA